GUGUCACGACGAUAUGGUUAAGGUGAAAACAGCCUUUAUAAAACUGAGAAACGCAAGAUGAUUUCACUACGACGACAUUGUAAGAAAAUCGUAUUAUCGUUGGUAAUUUUUGUUUCUGCUUUGGCUUAUUUAUUCCGUGAGAUAACUGUGAAAAAUCACGAUCCUUUCGUUAAGAUUAAUAGAAGUAAAAGGCGACCAGUUGCGACAAAAACGUCAGUUGAUACUGUUGAUAUCGUGAAUGAUUACUAUCCUUUUGUUGAUUUUAAAUUCGUUUUACCUGACGUUUCGCCCAAAGUCGAGACACAGAAUAUUUUUAUGAUUGUUUUGGUCAAUUCUGGUAGCAAAGGAAACGAAUUUCGUAAACGUCGCGAAGCUAUACGACAAACCUGGGGAGGUAAAGAUAAUUGCGAACAAGGUAAAGCUUCUAGAGAUAAAAGACUUAAAGAUUUGAACUGGCUGGUGAUAUUUGCUCUCGGAAAGGCAGGACCGGGAAGAAAUAAAGAUGAUGAGUUGAACAUGGCUGAAGCUAGUCGACAUAACGAUAUAAUGAUAGGAAAUAUUACAGACAACUAUUAUGGUAAUAUCAUUAAGUUAUACAUGGGUAUACGUUGGAUCACGAGGUUAAAUACAAAAUAUAUAAUGAAAGCAGACGAUGAUGUCUACGUGCGGAUACCACGUGUGUUGGAAUAUCUUGUCAAUGCCAAGUUUCCAAAACCAUUUUACGGUGGUACAGCGCUCCCUCCUACCCUGGUACAUCGCGAAAUCGGCAAUAAAUGGACAAUUAGUUGGCAAUACUAUGGAAAAACAUAUUAUCCACGUUUCAACGGAGGGGCUUUCUUUAUUUUAUCUAGCGACCUUCUGAAAAAAUUGUUGAACUAUGUUUAUAUUAGAAAGCCAUUCCACACGGACGAUGCAUAUGUUGGAGUAGCUAUGAACGACUUGAAGGUCAACGUUACUAAGAUAAAUUCAUUUCGUUUGAAGCCCAAAACGCGAGAUUAUAUACGAGCUGCAUCUGACUGCGAAUUGUUAGGGUAUAAUGCAUUUGGACAUAGGAUUGACCCACAGUCGCUAAAAAAUCUUCAUUUACGCUUCCAGUCGCAUUUAUGUACGAAUAUCAGCUUAAAAUGUUGAGUUACGAAACUACAGGUACACCUGCAGUUGUUGUCGUGGGUUUGAUUCGUAUCACGAAAACAAGCAACAUUCCCAAGUGCGGUAAUUGUUUUAUAAAAUUACUGAUAAAUUAAUGGAGAAUUACUAUGAUUUAUAUAUAUAGCGCCAUUUCGUCUAAUAAAUCAAUGGCACUUUACACUGUUUAUUUAAAAUACUGUUUCUAUUUGCUACUAAUACUAAUAUUUUAAAAUGAUAAUACUAUUU